AUUUACCCUUAAAACACGGCCCUUCAGUCUCGCCAAAUCGAGUCUCCAAAGGCAAAAGUUACCAGCAUCCUCCUUAGCUCCAGCAAUCUAGGCACGGAAGGAAUCUGGAGCCAGUACAGUUGACAUGUUAACAUGUGCUGUGAAACAAUGAAGAGGUUUUUGUUGCUUUAUGCUACGCAGCAUGGACAGGCAAAAGCCAUAGCAGAGGAAAUAAGUGAGAGAGCUGGUGCAAAUGGAUUUUUUGCUGAUCUUCACUGUUUAAGUGAAUCUGACAAGUAUGAUUUAAAAACAGAAACAGAUCCAUUGGUUGUCAUAGUUUCUACCACUGGUACUGGAGAUCCACCAGAGACAGCAGUCAAGUUUGUUAAGAAAAUUAAAGACAAAACUCUGCCACCCGAUUUCCUUUCUCACCUGCGGUAUGGAUUACUGGGUCUGGGUGAUUCAGAAUAUACUUACUUCUGUAAUGGUGGAAAAAUAAUUGAUAAACGUCUUCAAGAACUUGGUGCCCGCCAUUUCUAUAGGACUGGGCAUGCAGAUGAUUGUGUAGGUUUAGAACUUGUUGUUGAACCGUGGAUUGCUGGACUUUGGACUGCCCUCAACAAGCAGUUUGUAUCAAGUGAAGGAAAAGCAGAUAUGGCCAGUGAUUUCAGUACCACACCUGACAUCUCCUUACAGAUUGAUCAAGUUAAACCAGAAGUAUUACCCAUUGACUCACAAAUUGCACUUCUCAAAUUGGAUGCUUCAGGGAGAAAAGUUUCUGAGGCUUCACAAAAUAUCACCAGCACUCAUUCAGACACUUUGAUUGAAGAUUUUGAGCCCUCACUUACUCAAUCAAUACCACCCCUUUCACAGUCUGCUCUUAACAUUCCAGCAUUACCCCCAGAAUAUUUAGAUGUCCAUUUUCUGGAUCCUCUUGGCCAGGAGCGAUGCCAAGUGUCUUUUACUCCAGUGGAUACAGUUUUCCAGGUCCCUAUUUCAAAGGCCAUUCGGCUUACUAAGGAAGAUGCCAUAAAAACCACUCUCCUUUUAGAAUUGGACAUUUCAAAUACAACAUAUACUUACCAGCCUGGAGAUUCCUUCAAUAUUGUUUGUCCUAAUAAUGCUUCAGAAGUAAAAGAAUUACUUCAAAGACUACAGCUUUCAGAGAAAAGAGAACAUUGUAUUGUCUUGAAAAUUAAGGAAAACAAUAAAAAGAAAGGAGCCACCAUACCACAGCACAUUCCUGAAGGUGUCUCUCUUCAGAACCUUCUUAGUUGGUGUCUUGAAAUAAGAGCAAUUCCUAAAAAGGCAUUUUUGCGAGCCCUUGUAGAAUAUACCAGUGAUAGUACUGAAAAGAGAAGGUUACAAGAACUUUGCAGCAAACAAGGGGCCUCUGACUAUAAUCAUUUCAUACGAGAUUCCUAUGUCAGCUUGUUAGACUUACUCCAAGCUUUUCCAACUUGCAAGCCACCGCUUAGUCUGCUCCUAGAACAUCUUCCCAAGCUCCGAGCCAGACCGUAUUCUUGUGCAAGCUCCUGUUUAUUUCACCCAGGGAAACUUCAUUUUGCAUUUAACAUUGUAGAGUUCCUGUCCAGUGUGGAACCUGUGAUUUUGCGAAAAGGAAUAUGUACAGGCUGGCUGGCCAUGAUGGUUGACUCAAUGCUUCAGAGAAAUGGGAAUAUCUCACAAGGAAAUAAUGAGGAAGCUGAGUCUCCAAAGAUCUCCAUUUUUCCUCAUACCACAAAUUCUUUCCGAUUGCCCAAUGACCCUUCAGUACCUAUCAUAAUGAUUGGGCCAGGAACUGGAAUUGCACCUUUUAUUGGUUUCCUACAACAUAGAGAAAAGAUCCAGGAACAACAUCCAGAUGGAAGCUUUGGAGCCAUGUGGCUAUUUUUUGGCUGCAGACAUAGAGAUAGAGAUUAUUUAUUCAGAGAAGACCUAAGCCAUUUCGUUAAGAAAGGAAUUUUAACUCAGCUGCAAGUCUGUUUCUCAAGAGAUAUUCCUUUGGAUAAGGAAGAUCCCCCUCCGAAAUAUGUGCAAGAUAAUAUUCGCCUUUAUGCCCAGCAGGUGACAAGAAUCCUUCUCCAGGAAAAGGGUUAUAUCUAUGUGUGUGGAGAUGCAAAAGGAAUGGCAAAAGAUGUCAAUGAUGCUUUAGUGGAGAUCUUAAGCAAGGAGACCAAGGUUGAAAAAUUGGAAGCAAUGAAAAUGUUGGCUACAUUACGAGAAGAAAAACGCUAUCUACAAGAUAUUUGGUGAUAAGAUAUUUUAUCUGUGUUUGGAAAAACUCAGAUCUUUUGAGCUGAAAAUACUAGAAUACUUUUUCAUUUUUAUAUUCUUUGCUUUUUUUUUUUUUACAUUUCUGGGGGUGUAGGACAGAGGGGGACUUUUACAAUAAAACCUUAUUGCAGGAAACUCUCAUUUAAUAUUUUGAGUAAUUUCCUAUCAACUCUAAUACUUUUAGGAUAUUUUUUGCAGGUGCUGUAUUAUCAAACUCAAAUAGAAAUGGUGGCCAUACAUACCACUAAUGUAUUCAGACAGUUCCCUAUGGGUUUCAUAUUGACUUAGUUUUUAAAAUGUAAUAUUAUCCAUGUUACUAUAUUUUUUAUUUGGUUUACUAUUUCCCAAUUGCAUUUUAAUCUGGUUCAGGCUAUACUCUGGAGGGUUGUGGAAUGCAUGCUUGACAUUUCUAUGAUUGACAUUACUUGCCAACUUCACUUGCAUUUAGUAUUAUAAGUAUUAAAGAAAAAUAAAAGACUACUAGCAUGCAAAUAGGACUUUCUCUUUAUGCAAUUAGAACCAAAUAAACAUUUGAGAAAUGAAGGCUUUGAAGGGGAAUUCUUCAACUAUCCCAAACAGUUUGUAAAUAAAUAUACUUUCCUUUGCCUCUUGAUUUCUAGAAACUGUGUAUUAAAAUGAGCAGGGUAGUCACUUUAGAUUUGGCAUUAAUGUUGAAUUAAUCUUCCCUUUUUUUCUUGUCAGUUUAUAUUACCUACAUUCUUUGAUAAGUUCUAGAUUUUUGUAUAAGAUAAUCUUCAUACUUUUUAUUUCUAGAAAUGUUUGGUAUUUUAAUUGCAGAAAUUUACAUUUCCAUAUAUUUUACUCAUCACUUGACUAACAUUACCAAAGACUUACAGAAAAAAUCAUUUUUAUCAUUUAUGUAUGCAUUCAUUUAUAUUUUUUGUACAGAUAUGUAUAGAUAUAUAAUAUAUAAUGAUAAUAUAUAUUGUGUAAAAUGCCUCAAAAAGAUCCCUUGGAAGGGUUUUUUUUUUUAAUCAUUUAUAUCAGUGGUAGAAUUGAUGUCCAAGUUAUAUGCCAAUCAUGCUUUGUCAGACUUUUGUAUUGUGUGUGUGAUAUAUUGUAUAUUGUUGUAUUUCAAAGAAUGUUUGAAGUUGUGUCAGUUGUGCCUGUUAUAUUUUGUGAUUUUUUUUCUAAAAAUAUAGUUUCAUUGGAGUAAGAAUAUGGUACAGAUCUUUUUUGAUUGAACUUGAUGUUUACCAAUCCUCUUUAGAUUUGUUGACGUCACUAACAAAUUUAGCAUGUUUUAUUCUCAUUUUUGGCACCUUUUUGAGACAUUUUAAAAAUAUAAAGAUGUAAAAGCUCAAAUACCAGAGGUCUUAAGUAGAACUGUCAGUUUUGAUCAAUUCCCUUCCAAACAGAUGGAGCUCAAAACACAAGUUCCUAUUGCCUUGUAAUCAAAUUGAAUUUGGAAACAAUUGACUCUGUUUAUUAUGUCUAUUAUACCAUUCUCAAGAAAAAAAAAAUUUAAGGGUCAUCUAAUUAACCUCUGCCAUAGAGUAAUUGAUAAAGAGAAUUUCUUGCUCUAGUCAUUCUUUUAUCAAAACAUAGUCAUGGUGUUACAUCACCAGUUUCUAUCUAAGCAAAUAGGAUAGCUUUGAUUUUACAAAAUAGUUAGGUCUGUAGUACAAUCCACCAAAAAAACUAAUUACUUUUUAAAAUAACUUCAUCAUGUAAAAGAACUAGUUAGUCAUUCCCACAUAAAUAGGUGGCAAAAUAAAUAUGAACACACUUCUCAAAAGAAUUUAAAGUUCUUUAAUUUAAUUAACUUUAAUCAGGUCAGUUUAAUCUACUAAUUUAAUUAUAUUAAUAUAUGAUACUAAUUAAUAUAAUUAUUAAUUAUAAUAUUGUACUAAUUACAAUAUUAUAAACUAAUCAUGAAUUUAUUUGAUUGAAAUUAACUGUUUGAAUGAAUGUUCCAAAUCAUUAAAAAUAAGAGAAAUGCAACUCAGAACAACUUCAGUUUUGCCUUACCUUCAUCAAAUUGUCAAAGGCAAUAAAAAAAAGAUUAUUGGAAUAGUUAUAGAAAGACAAGUAUAUUAAUGACUUGUUGGUAGAGCUAAGAACUGAUCAAUACAAUGUGUAAUUUGGAAUUAGGUGAAAAGCGUCAAAAAUAUGUAUAUACCUUUUGACCUAAAGAGUCCAAUGAUACACAUCUAACCUAAAAUCAGUAACAAAAAGGUCCUAUAUCCACCAAAAUAUUUAUUGUAGCAUUUUCCCCCCAUAUUAUUCAAGAACUAGAAUAGAUGUAGAUGCCAAUCAAUUAGGUGUGGCUAGAUGAAAGUCGACCUGUGAUAACGGUUAGAGUCCUAGACAUAGAUAGACCUCAGAAAGAACUGCGUUCAAAUCAUGCCUCAGAUACUGGGUGACCCUGAGCAAGUCAAAACUUCCCUGUGCCUUAAUUUUCUAAAUUGUAAAAUAAGAAGUUGAAUUUAAUGGCCGAUGAUAUAUUCUGGCUCAAAAUCUAUGACCCUAUAAGCAUAUUACUAUACGUGAAUAAUGUAAUAUUACUGUAGUAUAAGAAAUGAUGAAUACCAAGAAAUAUGGAAAGAACCCUUAUGAACUGAUUAAAAGUAAAGUAAGCAGAACCAGGAAAACAGUAUGCCCACUGACUACAAUAAUGUAAAUGGGAGGAAAAAAACCUACCAACAAAACAACCGAAAUUAAGUGAUCCAAAUUUUUAAUUAAAAAGCUUGAUCCAUAAAAAGAAUGGUAUGUCAGACUUUUUUUUAUAUCAUUGGUUGUUGGUCAAUCAUUUCUCCUCUUUUUUGCUUGAAGAACUUGGUAUCUGGAAGGGAAAGGGAGGAAGCAUUUCUUGGGAAAUGUAGUUGAUAUAAAAAUUAAAUAAAAUUUUAUUUUAAAAAAAA